AUGACGCAGACGCCGAACCAGCACCGAACAGCUCACCUGAUAUCGGAUACCCCUCCGCAACUGACGCCCCAGACAAAAUACGCAGUUACUCCUGGGCUUGGUCAAUCACCGAACAUGGAAGGAGCACACCGUCAGUUCCCACAUUUGGUUCCUCCAUCAGAAGGAGUGUCCCCUCUACGUCUUGCUGGUAUAGACCCACUCCACACCGCGGCAGAGCAGAGAGGACAGGGAGCUCCAAGGAUGUUGACCACGCAUCAGGUCAAGAGCGUGCCAACAUUUAGCGGGAAGGAGCGACACGGCCCCCGACUGGAGGACUGGAUCCGGGAUAUGCGGUUCCUCCUUGGAUGCAAGGGAACAGCCCCAGGGAUCCUCCAGUUUCAUGAGGCUGUCAGACACACAGGAGGAAAAGCGAGAGAUGUGCUGCUGAACCUUGAGAGUAGGACACCAGAGGGUCUAGACGCGGAGAAAGCCUUCGUCGAGCUGCUGGAAGAAUACGGGGAAGACAAAAGUGCCCUGUCUCCCGUGGCCAAAUUUUACGCCAGGGUGCAGCGGGGAAACGAAACCCCAAUGGAGUUCGCCAUUGGAUUGGAAUCGACCUUGAGGGAGGUUGAAGAGACGAGGCGGCGCCGGAGACAGAAGUCCGAGGAAGAGAGCCGAGACAAGAUGUUGGCAACCCAGUUCAUGGUGGGUUUGUUUGCCAACUUAAUUUUCAUCGCGAUUUUCUAG